AUGAAUUCGCAAAAUAAAACGUGUUCACUAUCAGCUGAUCUGAAUAAUUUUAUUUAUGGAGUAUCUAGGCGAAAUUUUCAAAAUGCACCUGAUUUAACAAAAAUUGGAAUUUCUCUACUAAAGAACUUUCCAGCUGCAAGAGAUGCUGUUUUAGAAUACUUUGCUAUGGUAUUUCAUGAUGCUGUUAACAUAUCACUCAAUCAGGGUGACUAUGAGUCCGAUUCGUCAGCACAUGGUUCAUUAGAAAGUGUCAGUAUGAUUGGUCCAGAGCUGAGCAACUUAGGCGAAUCGUGGGCACCAUUUAUUGCUCCAUGGUGCAUCAAGUUGAUCAUGGACAUAGCUACAGAAAAAGCUAAUUUACCAAAUACAACAUUGCAAAACACUGAUCCUGUAAGGGUUUUAUUAGACAUAACAACUCAAAACCUUACAUUGUUAAAUGCUGAGGAAAGAGCUAAAUGUAUUGAUAUGAUGCUGGGUUGCCGAGCAUGUUCAUGGGCAGUAGGGUGGGUGGGGCGUGCUGAGCCUGCUCUUGUAGCACCCAGAGCACUAGCUUUAGGUGCAGAUGCAGCAAGAGCAGUACUAGCCCACUUGGCAAACCAUCCACCUGCAUUGUUUCAUGUUAGAGCCGCUCUUGUUGACUUGUUUCAAGAUGCCAUAAAAGAGGAUAAUAAAACAGAUAAAAAACGUGAAGUAAUUCCAUACUUAUUGAAUCUAGCUUCCAAAUCUGACAUUGUUUUGAAAGCACUCACCCAAGAUAUUGAACAAACAUUAACGGAUGAAGUAGUGGAUCGGCUGGUGGUGCUGGGGCGCGGCGCGCGCGCGUGGGAGGGCGUGGGCGCCGCCGCGUUGGUGGCGCUGCUGCUGCGCGCCGACGUGCGCUGCUUCCUGCUGCUGCUGCGGCACGCGCAGCGGCACGCCUUCUGCAGGCAGCUGCUGGAACAUCUCUUACAAAAGCUGGAAUACGAAUGUUUAUUCCCGGAUUCAAACCUGCCGCUUGUGAUGAGUGCCGCGGAGGAAAUCAAUGUAAUACGAGAGAAGCUGUUGACUGGCAACCAAUUGGAACAGUAUUCUAUUGCUAGAAUACUCAUUUUAGUUAGCUAUAACCUACCAUCAGAGUUUGUCUCAACAAUCAGCUAUCUCCUUCAAUAUUCCAGAAAUGAUACAACUUUAGCAUUACUAGUGCGCAUCAUCUCCGGCACAAUCACAAUGCACACGCCAACAGAUUCGGUAGAUAUGAACAUGGAUACGGAGAGAUACCAAAGUUUUAUCAAAACCGGCGUAGAAUAUGCCAUAAGAGACGCAAUGAUAGCGGACACACAGAUCAAAAGGUGUUUUAUAGAUGGCACUGUGGCAAAGGAUCAGAAGACUUAUUUGCAUCAUUUGUGCUUGAAUAUUGUAAAAUUGUUAAGGUGGGAGGCGGCGGGGCGCAGCGCGCACCUGCGCGCGCGGCGCGUGGCGCGCGCCGUGGAGGCGAGCCUGUUCCGCGCCGGCGCCGCGCUGCAGCAGUGCGCGGCGCGGCGCCCGGCGCGCGCCGCCGCCGCCAUGGCCGGCCUCGACGCCAUGCCCACGUGCCACGCCAUCGCUGACGUAUUAGAUAGAGUGGACUUAACCGGAACGAAAUCGACACCGCCGAGUGUCGAAGUCAUCUUGAAACUUGUUCAGGCCACAGUCAAAUACUUCUUUAGGUGCAUACAUGAGAAAGACAUAAUGACGAAGCUGGUGGGCGUCCAGACGGCGAGCCGGCUGCUGCGCAAGCUGUGCCUGCACAGCAAGCUGGCGCGCGCCGUGGCGCUGCGCGAGCUGCUCGAGACCGCCAUGUUCCGCGAGGACAAGGUGUUCGGCGGCCAGCGCGGCGACCGCGACGCCGCGCCGGAGGAGAUGCUCAUGCAUAUGAACAGGAAGCACGGCCCCAUCACGCAGCUGACGCAGAGCCACACGUCGGUGUUCCACGCGGGCACGGUGGGCGCGGGCGUGCGCCGCCGCGCCGCGCCGCGCGCGCCGCCGCCGCUGCUCGCGCGCGACGGCGAGCUGCUCAUGGGCGCGCUCGUGGCCUGCAUGGAUGGUAACAGCGGAAUCGUUGAAGGGUCCACAUCGAUAUCUCUACUCUUAGUAGAGUUGGUGUCACCAGAUGUCAUGUACAAUGGACUUCCCUGGCCCGAUGAAGAUUUUACCAAGCAAGUGAGCAUCGAGCGCGAGCUGUACACGCGGCGCUGCGUGUCGCGCUGCGGCGUGUCGCGCGCGGCGCUGCGGCGCGUGGCGCGCGCGCGGCCCGCGCUGUGCCUGGCCUCGGCGCUGCUGCGCGCCGUGGCCGCCUCGCUGCUGCACCGCAAGCGCGCCAGCGACGAUCGGCACACGCAAUCGGAAGAGAUGGCGCGCGAGCUGGCCGCGCUCACAGAGCUGCUCUCGGUGAUGACCCUGGGACAGCUGCUGCCUCAUCCCCUUAGCCAUAUACUAGAACUGGCACCCGAGUUGACUGCUAGUGAGAUUGUUCAAGUGCUACGAGAUUGUAUAUGGAACUACACCCGGGACCAUGUCCCAUCGCCAGCAUUAUUUACAUGCGAUUCUACAGGUCUCCAUUGGCGGGACCCUUCGACCUGCAAGCCGCCAGCGACGUACACAGAUACUUUACGGUUAAUUAUACAAAAAAGGAUAUCUAAAUUAGGUCAUAUGUACCCAAUAAUGUUUUUAAAUCUUGAAAAAGAUAGC